CCGUUUGGACUGCAGCAGUCUCUCCUCAGCGUCCUGCCUUUCUCUCAGCAGCCUCUGCAGGUGAAGGAUCUCCCUCUGGUAGGAAGCUGUCCUCCCCUCCGCUGCCUCCUCCAACCCUGCCAGCCUGGUUGACGCUUGGCUCCGGUACACCUGCACAUACAAACACACAUAAACACACAGGAAUGAGAUGUGGAGUGUUGCUAUGAAGGAGGAGGAUUUCCAUGAAGGACAGCGCAGCAGAGACAACUGGAGUGGAGGAGGGGGAGUCACACACAUUGGGACAAGAAUAUGACUUGAAGAUGAGCUGUCCUCAGGCUGAGUUAGAGGAGAAGGACUGCCCUCAACCAGAGGAAUUAGAGUGUAAAAUCUGUUACCAACGCUACAAUGCCCACAACCGCAAGCCUAAGAUCCUGGACUGCCUUCACCGGGUCUGUGCCCGCUGCCUCGGUAAAAUCCUGGACAUUGCUGAUGGGGCGGCCUUCAUCUCAUGCCCCUUUUGCCGACACCAAACUGAGAUCACAGAAUACGAGGUGUCAGCCCUCCCUGACGAUGUUAUCAUCAUGUCCCACUUGGCGAUGCGGGACAAAUCCUGGAGCUCCGACCAUAAGGAGGUGGUCUUGACUCCUACGAGUUUCUCCUCAUCAAGCCCGUCCCAUGACUCAUCAAACUGCCUGGUCAUCACUAUAAUGGAAGUGCAGAGGGACUUGCAGCACUCCCCAAGUCGAAAUGGCAGCUCCGACGUCUAUGCCGAGCAGAGCCUGGACUCCGUAUCAAUGGGCUCCAAUGGACUGGCUGAACAGGACGCCCUGUCCAAGUUGUGUAAUCAUGUCCCACGUAUCCUGGUCUGGCUGCUGGGUUUCUUAUACUUUGGCUCACUGCCUCUAGGAAUCUAUUUAUUGGUGAUCCAGAGAGUGACCCUGGGCAUUGUAUGUGUUAGCCUGGUGCCAUCAAGCCUGACAGUUUGUCUGGUCUAUGGGUUCUGCCAGUGUCUGUGCCAGGGCAUGUGUGACUGCUCCACCAGGGGCUGAUAGGAUGCUACUCAAGAACUGGUGUUUGUAGGAUGGAAUAAUGUCAGCUCCAGGUAUUUUGUGUGUUUUGUGAACAGAUAGGGGGCCUUUAUGUAAAUAUGAUGCCCUUUCCUAAACAUACUUGUCAUGCCUAACAGUACAUUUUGUUCAUGCAAAUAAUGGGCCAGUAAAGAGACCCAAUGCUGCCUUUAGCAUUCGUGCUUUUGUUUGUUAGUUGAGCACUGCAACUUAAAAACAGUUUGGCAAACAGGAACAUAGCUCCUUGCAAGCUGUGUUCGUACAUAGGAGUAGUGCCUGUAGGUAGAUUUCUGUGAUGUAUUUCUGUAAUCUUUAUUUGUUUUGUGCUGUGUGUAUUAGUCAAACAUUACGUUUGAGAGCAGACCUUUAACCUUUGACUCGCAGAAGUCCUGGGCCUUCAUUUAUCAACAUUGAAUCAAAGGAAUUCUUAAAAGUUUUCCUUUUAAAAUAAUACGUGGGAUAAGAUUUGACGGACAGAAUACUUCAUUGUGAUCAGUUAAUUUAAACUAUAUUUAAGCAAGGUAGGGAGGAAAAAACAAAGUCCACUUAAAAUAUUGCACAUAUAAUAUUUUGUAUUGUUCACUUUUAUUUCUAAUUUAGCAUUAAAGGUAGAACUACAGGUUACCAAAUGUCUUCUCUCUGUUAAAGCUAAAUGUAACUAAAAGUUGAAAGUAUGUCAUAUUGUGAUACCUUGCCAUCAGCUUCUAGAAAUGUAGAAAAAGCAUUGGUACACUGAUAUCUUGAGGGUUUAAAGGUAUCAGUCUGUUGAACCUGUUGAUAUAACUCUGCAUCCUCUCUAUUUUCUGGUUUGGGGAUAUGUAAUAAACAAGUCAUGAAUUAGCAUUCGCAAGAAUAGCGACUUUCUAAAUUCUGUGUGAUAUUACAAGUAAUACUACAGGAAGAGACUAAGCAUUGUACCGGAUUAGCAAGGAAAACAAUUCGACCUAUAUGCAAUAAGGCCUUGAUACAAAUGAACAAAUCAAAUGAAUUGGCUGUAAUGUUUUGUUGGUACAUGUUUUGCUGCCACAGCAUUGCCUUUGGGCUAACAUAUCACAUAGUUGUUAGCAUUGGUAAUUGAAUGUGGCCCAUUUAUUUUCUCUCUCUGCCACAAAUACAGAUUCACACCAUUCAGGGUUGUUAUGUUGAUAUGUGGUUCUUGUGAGGCAUAAACCAGACUCAUAUCUCAGGUGUUUUGAUACUCAUUCAAUGUUAAGCAACACACUUUCCAUUCAUUUCCUUGAUAGGUUGAAUGUUAAAAAAGUAUUUUUCUGUUAUAUUUUGCGGUACAGGUUGUACAAAUCUUUGGUUGGGCUUAUGGCUAAGGAGUCCUCUGUUACCGUUAUGCAGUAAGUCAAAUGCACAUAGUGCCAUACUAAAGCCAUGUGGAUUUGUUGUUGUUUGACACCUCAAGGUUGUGUGCAUUAUUUAUGUGGCAUCUUGGUUUUCUUUAGCUUGUAAGACAAACACUGUCAAACAAUCAUUCUGGCAUCUGGACGUCUGGUAGAAAGGUCACAUCAAACCAUGAUGUUAGCUUGACAAUUACUAAAAAUACAUUUUAAACGUAACCUAAAAUGUUUAGCUACAUUUUUCACAUGUAUAAAGUCAAAUAAACUGCAAUUUCUUUCAAUUAAUCGGGUUAAUCUUCAAGCUUCUCAUGUGUGUAACAAAACGUUUUUCUUAUAGCUCUGAAACCAAAACAAACAUUUGAGUGUUUCAGGAAUUUGUGUUGUAAGACGUCAUGAACUGCUGCAGUUGUACCACUCUUUGUGACAUCUGCAGCACUACUUCAAAGAAAGGAUUCAACUAUAAAUUGAGUGUUUCAAAAUGAACAGUUAGUAAAACAUUAUGUCCAUGAACAUGGUGGUUUGGAAUCUUUGGUUUUAUUCAUUUGGGGUUGUUUGGACCAGUUACGCACAUUAAACAAUUACCGACUAUCUUCACUCACAAUUAAGAACCUUUUCUGUGCGGUGUAGAUAAUCGAGGGCCCUUGGAUAAUAGUCUUAGAUAUGCUAAAUUAUAAACUUCAGGUAACGAUAUUCACAUCAAAAUGGAUAUGUAGCAAUUGCUGAUGUUAGGGUUCUGUAUAUUAUUAUCUUACCCUUUCUCUGUCAACUUCUUUCUGCCGCUAUAUUCUCUACCCAUCUCUGUACCCACCCCUCUAUGUUUUUCUGUGUUUGUGUCAAUGAUCUACUGUCAGCUUUCAGCUUAGUGCCACACUACUGAUCACAGAAGCUACCAGACAGUGAAAUAAAUGGAGCAUUAUUUUCUA